AUGCAGCAUUCUUCUUCGAUGCUUCGAUGCUGCAUUCUUCUUCGAUGCUUCGAUGAUGCAUUCAUCUUCGAUGCUUCGAUGAUGCAUCAUCGAAACUCUCGAUUCAAGAUCAAGAUUCGUCGAAGACAUCAUUCUUCUUCGAUGCAGCAUUCUUCUUCGAUGCUUCGAUGCAGCAUUCAUCUUCGAUGCUUCGAUGCAUCAUUCUUCUUCGAUGCUUCGAUGCAUCAUUCUUCUUCGAUGCUUCGAUGCAUCAUUCUUCUUCGAUGCUUCGAUGCAUCAUUCUUCUUCGAUUCAUCAGCAUUCAGCAUUCUUCUUCGAUUCAUCAUCAUUCAGCAUUCUUCUUCGAUUCAUCAGCAUUCAGCAUUCUUCUUCGAUGCAGCAUUCUUCUUCGAUGCUGCAUUCUUCGAUGAUGAUGCAUUCUUCGAUGCAGCAUUCUUCGAUGAUGAUGCAUUCUUCGAUGAUGAUGCAUUCUUCGAUGCCGCUUUUUGGAACCCUUUAUUGAUUUUUUCACUAACUCUUACGUUGAAGCAAAACUAA